UACACUUCGGAAUAUAAGAAAGAUCCUACGUUCUUAAUCACCGAAGUAAAAUACAGCCAAAAAGCGGGACUGAGCGCGUGUUCCCACUUCUCCCCUCUUCUCCUCUUCCCCGUCCGUCCGCCAUGGCUACGACGGAGCAGCCACUGAAGAAACGGAAGCUUUACGAACAAAUACACGAACCAUCACCAGCACCGCCUCAGUCACCGCCUCCUCCUCCUCCUCAACCACCACCACAGCCUCAACAGCAGAGCGUCGCUGCUCCGGCGAUAUCUCAGGAUGAAAUCCUCCGACGGAGAAGGAACCAAGAAGAGAUUCGCAAUGUUUACGAGUGUUACAAACGCAUUAAAUUCUGCAUCUCACAGAACGAUCAUCGUCUUUCAUCCGAACUCGAACAAGCCUACCUUUCUCUCAUUACUUCCUCAAGAGGCUGCACAAGCGUACAACGUUUAGUGGCUGAUUUUAUUCCUCGAUUUGCUUCGUAUUGUCCUACUGCUCUUGAAGCUGCAGUGAGAGUUGUUAUUAACAUGCAUAAUUGGAAGUUAGCUUUGAUUGGUAAAGGAGAUGAUAUAGACGGUGUUGCGUUUGAAACUGCUAAGGCAUGCAUUUUUGGUCUAGCUGAUAUCUGUCAAAGUGCUGCUGCUGAGGCGCCAACAUCAUCAGUUAUUCAAGGAAUUUGCUCCACAGUAUUCCAUGACGCACUCACCUUCUUCAUAUCCAGUUUUGAAGGGAAGGAUGUUCUUGAGAUUGCCGACGAGGAACUUUUUGGUAUUCAAGAUGCUCAUUCGUUCUCUGAGUACCAACAAAAAAUUUUAAACAAGGAAAAAUCGGUAUUGCUCAAGCUAUCUGAGUUCCGUGUACUUAGUUUCCUCAGAAUUUUCUUUACUUGCCCAAAAAACUCAAUUGCAUCUUGUUUUGAGCUCUUUGGCUCUACUGGAUCGGAGGAAGCUAAGCGAGAAGGAUAUUACUUACUUCGUCAGUUAACAAACAGGCUUGAUGAUGCUAUUGCUCAUCCUAGGAAUGGCGGAAAUAGUGCAGUGACAUCAUCAGCAACAUCCAGAGAAACAAGUAGCAAAUGUAAGGGUCUUGUGGAUGAUGGCCUUGCAACAUGCAGCAAACAAGUCUCGGACAACAGCUCUCUUGUUUUGAAGAACUGCUUAUUAGGACUGGUCGUAGAGAAAGAUAAUUCUCUGAUGAGUUGGAUUUGCUCAAGGUUUAAGAAAUUAAGUAAAUCAGCAUCCCCUCAAGUUGUUUCAGAUAUUUCCUCAGUUCUUGAAGGAAUAUUGCAGUCUUUCUUAGAUGAAGUGAAGGCAGAAAAAAUGCAUGAGUAUGGCGAUGAGGAUGGUUUGGGUACCGCAAAGUAUGCUAGUGAGUACUCGGGUCACGAGCUAUCUGCUAAAAAAGAAACUCAUGAAGUUUCUCGAAGCUCAGCAAUCCCUCUGGGAGCAAAUCACUGUUCCAGUAUGAAAUCAAAUACUGAUAGUGGGGAGCAUAGGCCGGUGGUUUUUGAUUCUAAAGAUUCUGGAGUUUUACCGAGGCCUAAAGAGGUUUAUAACCAGCAGAUUCUUUCACCUAUUGCUAGAACACCGUCGAACUUGAGAAGUGGUUCAUGUGAUUUAGGCCACCAUGGUGGCCUGAUGGAGAACCACCAAAAUCCAAAUAUGGACCGUUCAUUACCAGCCUCAAGAUCAUCAUCUGGAGGCAUGAGUUGUUCCAUGGAGUCACCUAUGCAGCGUUUACCACUGCCUCAUUCUUCCACAAAUCAAGUUGUUUGGUACACUGAUGGAGACCCAGCUGCCGCAGAUAUCUUUCCCGCUUCAAAUCAGCUAUGGUUGGGGUCUUUAGGCCCUGAUGCAUCUGAAGCUGCUGUCAGACAUAAGUUUGAGAUGUUUGGUCCAGUGUAUCAAUUUGCAUUCUUUGCAUUCAGAGGUUUUGCUUUGGUUGAGUACCAAAACAUUAUGGACGCGGUGAGAGUCAGGGAAAUCAUGCAGGGAACUUCUCCUUGGGGUGCUGGUCUUCGAAUAAAGUUCUUGGAUAUAGGAUUAGGAACCAAGGGGGCUAUUAAUGGUGUUGCUGUUGGUUCUAGUUGCUAUAUUUAUGUUGGGAGUGUUCAGAACCAUUGGAUGAAGGAUAAUGUUAUGCAUGAGCUGAGAAAAGCACUUCAAAAAGGUCCUCGGAUGGUUACUGAUCUAGGCAGCGAAGGUGCAUUGCUGAUGGAGUUCGACACACCUGAGGAGGCCACAAUUGCCAUGAAUCAGCUAAGGCACUGGCGUAAGGGAAGGAGUAACUGCAACCAGCCCCUAAACUUAGGUCCAGCUAAUGCCACCGCGCACGCGGAAGGUGUAAGGCCUAGCUCUGCCUCUGUUUAUGUUGGUACUGGAAGCAAUAUUUGUACCAAUAGUACUGUUGGGCCAAAUCACUUCCAGAACAUGCUUGAGAACCAUUCUGACAGUCAUGUUCCAAGAAUGUCACGUCUAUCUUCUUUGCUUUCGCAUUUAAGUACCAAAUAUAAUGUUACAUACAAUCCUGGAUAUAAGAGUCAUCACAUGCCAGGGAACUGUGAAACUGGAUUCUCGGGAGGAGAUACAAUGCAGACAAACACAGUACGGAUUAGCAUUCCAAAUGGUAGCUCCUUGUUUAUCACAGAAGAUGAGCUUUUGGCUAUUUGUAAUCUUGCCAUUGACAACAAAGGUUCUAUCAUCAGGUUAAUGAGGGAAAAUAUGCCUAUGGGUUCUUGUUGGCUAGUUGAAUGCAGCAGCAUGGAUUCUGCAAAUACUCUCCUGAAGACCCUUCGUGAUUGUCCUGGGUUAUUCUUCCAGAUAGAAUUCAGUCACACUGGGCAGCAUCAUAUUCCUGUUCCUGUAAAAAAUGAAGGUAGUAUUAUGGAACUCACAUCACCCAGACUAAAACCAGAGCAAGGUAGCAUGCCUCAUGCUGGAUAUGCACCUCAGUCGAACUGGGCACCUAUAGCAAGCAGAGGGAUGCCCGAAGUUGGUACUGGAAAAGCUGAUAUGUUGGUUCCGAUUCCAUCACCUAGAGGUAAUAAUAUAUUCUCUGGUGUUGUUAAUGACAUGUGGAUGCACAGGAAAUCUGAAGCAGAGCUUCAUUCUAGACCGGCAAUUGUUGCCUGCAAUCCUGCACCUGCUCAAUUGCCUACUAGACCACUACAGCCUAUUCAAGGACCUCCUACCGUGCCGCCGCCAGUUCAAGCACUUCCUCCUGCAGCAGCACAGCCAAUUCAAGGACCUCCUAUUGCACCACCACAGCAAGCACAACCCCCGCCCUUUGGGCACCCAAUGUACUUCCCCCCAACUGGGUGGGAUUCACGUGGUCUGAACCAUAACUUGCCUCCAAAGCCAAUUCCAUCUGGUGCACUUCCUACUAAUCUUCACCAUUGUUCAGUUGCACCACCAUUUGUACCUGCUUCUGUGACUCCACUGUCACAGAUGCAAGGCACCUCCAUGCCACCAUUUGAUCAUAUGUUUCCUGUGCCUGUUGUUCGACCACCAGUGACGUCUUUACCACCACCACCACCACCUCAGCCUGACUCAUUACCCCCAUUACCUCCACCUGUCUUGCAGCCUCCAUUACCUUCAUCCCCGCCUCCACCACCUUAUCCUGACCCACCUAAUAUUCCUCCUCCACCUAGUUCCCCGCCUCCCCCGCCACCUCCAUUAUCGGAAUCUUCAAAUUUGGUUAGUUCUGAACCCUAUCAGUGGCAGGGCUCCUUGAGUAAAAGUGGAGUUCAUUACUGUACAAUUUAUGCACAAAGAGUAGAAUCGGAUGUUUGCAGGUAUUCAAAUGCCAAUGCUGAGCCCACAGAAUGGCCUGCUAAGUUGGAUAUGACCAAACGCACUGAUUUUCGGCAUGUCAAAUCAACAUUUUGUAGUACACCACCCCACAAAAAGGAGAUAUGCUGGUUGCUACCUUCUUCUCCAGUGGAUCACAAGGGCUUUCAAGAUUUUAUAUCAUACCUGAAGCAGAGGGAAUGUGCUGGUGUAAUUAAAAUUCCAGCCAUAAAAUCAAUGUGGGCAAGGCUUCUCUUCAUCCUUCCACAGUCAUCUGAUACCUGCUCUAUGCUCUCAGUUGUGCCUAAUCCAUCUCUAUGUCUAAUCGGUCUGGUGUUGCCUAAAGAAACAAACUUUGAAUGGGUGUGAUGUUAGUAUAUGUGGACAAUACCGCAUCGGGAAAAGGAUGGACGUGCUGCUAAUUGCCUAAUGCUGCUGCUCGCCAGGUUUUCUUCAGCUUUUUCCAUGAUUUUCAUAAUGGCAUUUCCCAGAACUUUGGUGAACGCCCAUGGAUCACAAAGAUAUUCCCGAUGGGCAUUCAGUUCUGAUUUGCAGUUGCAGCAAUGUGGGACGGGCCGAUAGUGAUUUGCUGGCAAGUAUCAAUCUGAUAUACAUUAUUGGGCAAUAGAUCAACUCCUCAUUCUGUUGAACCGCUGUCAUCUAGUGUGAGAUAGUUACUGAGAAGUUAAUGUUAUUUUAAUUUAAAUUGUAGGUAACUCAAAGAUCAUUUCAUUGAUAUUGCACCAAGUUGGUGCCAACUCAAUGUUAAGUAAUACUGUAGUAGCCAUGAAGUUGGAGGAAAGCAUCAGGAAAGAAUUGAGUGUCUUGGUUGUAGGGGAGUCUUCUGUACUUAGAAUCUGCUAAGCCUUUUCUUCUUUCUUUCUUAUCUCCGUUUAUAGUGGAGUGACAUUUUUUGAUGUCCAUGUAAGCAUAGUAGAAUAUGAUUGUAUGUAAAGUGUUAAGAAAAAAUUAGCUGCACGAAUGUCAACUAGUUGGUGCUGGCUUCGCUAUGGAUGGACUGCUGGUAUGUAGCUCGCUCUCCGCAAGACGUUCUAAUUUUUGGUAGUAUGCAAUGUGAGUAAAGUACUAUGUAUGGGGUUGCAAAAUUCUUUCUAUUUCCGUAA